CUCGCUCCAUUUGCGGUGGAGGAUGAAUAAAACGGUGCAUUACGCGUUGGUGGCGUUCUGGGAGAAGUCGGGGUGCAAGAUCGUGGCCGAUUACCCGGCGAAACAGGAUCCAACUUACAGGGAGAUCGCUUUGAGCACGGUCGAUGGACUUAAGUCGGUGGAGAACGACAAGAUCAGCUUCGAUCGGGGCAAGUACACGGUGCACGUGCUCAUCUGUGAACUUCACUACGCCUGCCUGACCCUGAAACCGGAUUGCCCUUCGUCAGCAGCCAAGCUGGAAUCCUGUUCCCAAGUGUUUCUGGAAAGGUUGAGAAGUAUUUACAAGGAACUUCCUAUCCUGGCCGAUCUGACGAGAGAUCUAACCAGUUUGACUAUCAUAGAUCUCUCGAAACCUCUGAAAAAGAUAGUGGAUGAAUAUAAUCAGCAUAAUAUCGACGUGAUCCCAAGACUGGAAGGAGAACUGGCGGAAAUUCGCAAAACAUUGAUGGACGGGGUUCAGAAAUUGAUCGACAGAGGCGAGAGGCUCGAGGAACUCGUUCGAAAGACUCAAAGCUUGCAAAUUAUGUCAAAGGAUUUUCACGUAUUGGUAAGAACGAAGAAGAAGAGGAAGAACGCCGUUAUGGCGGCGAUGACGGUGACAUUUAUGUUUCUCUCCACGACACUCUUCGUGUUUCUACUCUACGUAGGGAUUCUCUGAAAAAUUGUUGAUAAAUGAACGUAACGCAUAAGAUUUUGUGAGAUAUACGAGGAAAUAAAUAAUUUAUUAGCCAAAA